AAUUGACAGAUUAGAGAUUAAAAUUACAAAUUGCAUGUUUUGUAAUCAAAGGCUUGCUGUGUGUGAGAUCUCUUGGGUUGAGUUGUGUAAAGUUUUAAACCUUACCUUGUAAAGUACCUUGAGAUAACCUUGUUGUGAUUAGGCUCUAUAAAAAUAAAAUUGAGUUGAAUGUUUUGUACCAGUGCUAGAAACUUGGCUCAUCAAUAGUCCACUGCAGUACUUGUAUAGUACAGUUCCAUUUAGAUAUCCUGCUGUAGUUCAUGUUUUUCUCGUUCUUUACUGGGAGACGGCCCAUAUAGACCUAUGCUCUGCAGAUGCUUUAGCAGUGGACAAACGUUUCAAGAGAGUUGUGCUUUUUCCAGUCAAACAAUGCCAUUUUUCCUCAAUGAUGUAACUGUGUUUGGACCUCUGAUUGGGGCCUGAGCAAGUGCUGGCAUUGUAUUCUAACAAGGCUCAGGAUGUCCUGUUGGGGGUAGGGGUUGGACACACCAGAAUCAGAUGUAACAGUUAGAGUGCUUUGAAUGGUGGCGGCUUUACCUAGAAGCUUACAUUGGCCCUCAUCAGGACAGCUUAUUGUUAUUUUUGUUUAUGUCAGAUUGAACGUAACUUGUGUCUCAGCCACGAGUUGUUCUGUUGGAUUGGAUUUAUUUCUCAUAUUUUUGGUCAUCUUUUCCAUGGAACACUCAGGUUAUAAGAGUUUUUGAUCUAGUUAUCCUGUAGUAGAGGUCAUCAAGAAGGCCUAUAUUUGUUUUACAAGAGAAGAAGAGGAGGAAAAGCUUGUUCUGAGGUGUGAACUUUAAGGAGGUGAACGAAGAGAACAAACAGAAGCUUUUCGGGGAAAUCUACACUGCUAUCGACACAUUAGCAUUUACAUUUGGCAAUGUAGUGUCCGACUUCCUUAUGGGAGAUGUAGAGAAUGGAUCAGUGUUGGGGCUUCCCCUAACUAAGAGAAGCAGGUCUUUUGAGACCCUUUCUUUGGAAUCUGGAGGAUCCGGUCCUGAGAAAGAUGAUCCGCCAGGUCUGUCUCCGCCGGUUCGAGCCGAAGACGUGGACAGGACACUGCGGUGCCAGGACAGCGGGGUGGAGUCAGCGCUGCAUUACGCCAAGGCCUGGUCCAAGUACACCAAAGAGCUGUUGGCCUGGGUGGAGAAACAUCUUAGCAUGGAUAUUGAGUGUGCAAAGAGUUACGCUAAAAUGGCUGAAUCUGCCAAGACACUUGCAACUCAGCAGGAAUUCAUGCCUUUCCGUGAGAUCUACAUGAAUGCUUUCAAAAAUGACAUAGAGUACAGCCAGCUGGUGCUUCACACCACAGCAGUACUCCAGAGCAACAAAUACAUACAGCCUCUCCUGGCCAGAAAGAAUGAGCUGGACAAAUUGCGAAAAGAAGUCAAGGAACACUGGCAAAGAGAGCAGAAGAAAAUGCACGAGGCUGAUAGUGCUCUGAAGAAGGCUCGGCUGCUUCAGGCCCAGCGCCAGGACGAGUAUGAGAAAGCCAAGGUAUCCACCAGCCGUCUGGAGGAGGAGCAGGGGGCAGCAGGGGCUAAACAGCUGGAGAAGAGGCGCAGGCUGGAGGAGGAGGCCCUGCAGAAGGCUGAGGAGGCCAAGGAGCACUGCAAAGCCUGUCAGAUUGAUGUUGGAGAGAAAAGAGUGGAUCUGGCUAAUACCAAGAGUGAGAUUAUCACUAAGAUCCGAGAGAUGGUGUCUCAGUGUGACCUCACCCUCAAGGCUGUGACAGUGAACUGGUUCCAGCUCCAGCAGGCCCAGGUUGUAUCCUUGCCCGUAAACCAUCAGAGUCUGUGUGAGAACGCCAAGCUGUAUGAGCCUGGGCUGUGCUACAUUGACUUCGUCAGGAGUUUGCCGUCAGACGGGCCAAGGCUGGAAUCUCACUCCAUUGAUUCCCCUGUUUCACAAAACACAGGAAUGCUUUUCCACAAACGCUCACUGAGUGGCUGCAACUCAUCCCAGAGUAACCUGUCACAAGCGUCUGUGACUUCAGAUGUCCUCGGUGGUGAUGAGAUAGACAACCCCCUUAACAUCCAACACGCGAGGAUUGCAGAGCGACGCUUCAACAGCAACACUGAUAUUCAAACACUGCGAAUUCAGGCCCCGUUUCGUCCAUGGACCACAAACAGCCAGGUGGGAGGGAUGUGCAGUGACUCAGAAAGUGCUGGAGGGAGCAGUGAGUCUCGAUCCAUGGAUUCACCUACUGCAAGCCCAGGAGACUUCAAGAGAAGAUUACCCAGAACCCCCUCUACUGGCACCAUGUCAUCUGCUGAUGACCUGGACGAGCGAGAGCCUCCCUCACCCUCUGAUACUGGUUUAAACGACAUUGUGAUAGAAACAGCCAGCUCCCCGGGCCCCUUUCGAAACACCCAGAUGUCGAAGGCAGCUCAAACACACAAGCUGAGGAAACUCAGAGCGCCCUCCAAAUGUCGAGAGUGUGACGGCCUGGUAGUGUUUUACGGAGCCGAGUGUGAGGAGUGUUCGUUGGCCUGCCACAAGAAGUGCCUGGAAACUCUGGCCAUCCAGUGUGGUCACAAGAAGCUCCAGGGAAGGCUUCACCUCUUCGGCAUCAACUUCACACAAGCGGCUAAGAACGGCCAGGGUGGCAUCCCCUUCAUCAUCCGGAAAUGUACAUCGGAAAUCGAGAACCGAGCACUAAACAUCAAGGGUAUCUACCGUGUGAACGGUGCCAAGUCUCGGGUGGAAAAGUUGUGUCAGGCUUUUGAGAAUGGAAAGGACCUGGUGGAGCUCUCUGAGCUUUCUCCUCAUGACAUUAGCAACGUCCUCAAACUGUACCUGAGACAGCUUCCAGAGCCUCUCAUUUUGUUCCGCUACUACAACGACUUCAUUGGUUUAGCCAAAGAAAGCCAGAGUAUCAUUGUGGAGGAACUGGAGGCGCUGCGGCUCAGUCCCAGCCCAGUGACCCCAGCCCAGGUCAGCGUGGAGCUCAACAGAGUGCUCUUCAAGAUAAAGGACCUACUGAGGCAGCUGCCGUCAGCUCAUUACAAGACCCUGCAGUUCCUAAUAGAGCAUCUGCACCGCGUGACGGAACGCUCGGAGGAGAAUAAGAUGACUGCCAGCAACUUGGGCAUCAUCUUUGGCCCCACGCUGAUCAAGCCGAGGCAGGCGAACGCCGAGGUUUCCCUGUCGUCUCUGGUGGAUUAUCCUUAUCAAGCGCUCAUUGUGGAGCUCUUGAUAAGACACUAUCAGAUGGUCUUUGAUACCACCCUGAGCCCUCUAAGUAGCUCAUCACCCACAGAGGUGGAUGCCCAUAUGUGCCUCACCCCUCAGGAGAAGGAGCAGCACCUGAGCAGGCACUCAAAGUCACUGGGAGACAUGAAAGAGGAGAGCUCUAAGGUGUAUAAGAGGCAUUCCUCCAUCAUUCCUUCUUCCAACUUACUAGCUGAGGUUCAGGAGAUCAUGCCGAGCCUUGAUGGAAGUGAUUUUGAACCUGCUGAAGAGGGGGAUUCAGAGGCUGCCAAUGGGAUGUUAUCAUUCGGCCUCCCAAAGUCUGGCGAGCGAGGGCUCUGUCGCGCUCAGCAUAUUACCGUGACCAGGGUGCAGCUCCGACACCCUCGAAACAAACUGUCCUCCCGACCAGUUAGCGUGCCAGCUGAACGGGCACACAGACGAGGCCAAGUAGAAGAGAACAACACUCGCAACAGCGCUGAGCAACAAGCCAGGAAAGGACACAGCUGUGACCUGUCCAUCAAAGAGGUGGACGAAACAGAGCACCCAAAAGUGCGAGUGGCCACACAUUACCGGAGGACCUUUAUUGACACCCAGACGUUACGCAGAACUUGGGACAAGCAAUACAAGCACGAGGUCUCUUCUAAAUCCAUUGGAAUUAUGGCCAGUUCACCCACUGAGAGCUCAUCAGCGGACGCCAGCAAUUUAUCAUCUUCUGUGCCAUCAAGUCUCCCUCUUACUACUGAAGGCACUGUUAGCACCAUCUUCCCGAACAGACCUUGCACGGUCGCAGUGCGACCCAGUAGAGCUCUCAAAAGGGAGGAAGAUGUAACCAACUGCAAUCCGGUAUCAACUGCUUUCAGGGCUCCAAGGACUCUCCAACCUCCACCAGGAACCUUCUACAAGCCCCCAUCAGGGUCCAAAGCUAAAGCACUGCAGAACUUCCCAUUGCGUAACAGUGCUGAGGAAGAAGAAGAUGAGGAGGAGGAGGAGGAGGAGGAGGAUGAAGAGGUAGAGCUGGGCAUUGAGUUAGAAGUCUCUGUAGAUGAGCCUCUCGAGGAGGACAUUGGGCCUGAGCAGCUAACCACGUCCCCCAGCUCUAGCCCCGAGGAAAUGGGACAAAACCAGGCCAAGCUGGUGUAUCAGAGACUGAGGCCCAGGCGCCUCCAAGAGGUGGAGCACAGAGAGGCUCAUUUUGUGUGACAACAAGCCGCCAGAUCUGCUCGCCAUAUUCUGCAAAGACAAUAAGACAAUUUACAGGUGUACUCCCACUAAACCAGUCGGUCCUCACAAAGAACAGGAUGCACUUAAACAUCUUACAAAUCUGUUUUUUAGGAAACAUAAUUGACCAAUUAUUCAUUUACCAGUUGCAUUCUCAGUACACUCUGGCAGCUGGCCGGAAUAUUUAUAAUUUGUGGUUGAUAAUGUGCAAUUACAUAUUAUAUGUUCUAUAAUCCGCCUACAGACUCAUUAUGCAGUUUAUACCAAAUUUAUGUUUAAUGAGUUAAAAAAAAUAUUUGGUGCACUUACCUAACGUCAAUAUUCCUUCACAAGUUCUUGGAGUUUUUACACACUGUGAAUGUUUUUACACUGUUACACCGGGUUAUAAUAUUGAUAACUUGUAUAAAAAGCUAUAUAAUGACCACUGUUACAUGCUGUUACUGCUGUGUUGUUGCAAGGACACAAAUGACUUGUUUUCUUACUGUUGAACUUGUUUGGCGUCAACUCAGACUCACCUGAAAAAGCCUUUUAUUUUAUAAAAACAGUCAUUUUUAUUUUAAUAUAACUUUGACAUUUCCAUAGCCAAAGUGUUUUAUAUAACCUGAACCUUACAGCCUAUUUGUAAGUGCAUCAUUUAUUUAAACAGUAUCUGUUUUUCUUGGUAUUUUUCAAGGCUGGCAGGAUGUUGAAAAGUUCAGUGUAAAAAAAAAAGCAGGUACACUCUUUUGUAACUUAUUAAAAAUAUCUGGAAACUUCCAA